CUACCAUAUCCCCACGCGGACACCCUCCUCUGGGUCCAGGUAGAAGUUGCACGUGUGGUUCAGCACGUAUUCGGGAUGGUUGAGAUCCACCAAAUAUGGAAUCCUUACUGCAGAUGAGCGUACACAAGGGCAGGCUGCUGUCCCGUGGGAUGGAUGACGUCCUGGAGCAGGACCAGUACGAGGAGCGCCUGAAGGAAGUUUUCGAUGGCUUCGACGGCAGCCGGUGCGGCUCGCUAUGCCCGGAGGAGCUCGCCGACCUCUGCCUGUCGCUACACUUGGAGGACGUCGCCCCGGCCCUCCUGGAUGCUCUGCUGCAGGGUCGGGACCGGAUCACUGACCGGGUUGACUUUGAGCAGUUCAGGGAUGCGUUGAUUCUGGCGUUGUCAUCUGGCAUUGAAGCUCCACCAACGCAGCAGGAAGUCUCAUCCAGACCAGAGUCGCCCGACAUCCAACCAAAGUUUGUGAAAGGCAGCAAACGCUACGGCCGUCGCUCCAAACCGGAUUCGCUCAACACCAUUUCAGACUUUUGCGAAGACGCGCACGACCAAGACGAAGACGACGCAGACGGCCAGGACGCCAAGGACAACUGCGACUCGGCAAUUCCGAGAAAGCGUGAGCGCUGGAACGCAGACCAAACGAGCACAGAAGAGUAUGAAGCAGAAGGCCAGAUGCAUCUGUGGAACCCAGACGAGCCCAGUCCGCCUCGAGGAUGUGUCUCGGCUGCCCUGAAGGAGAAAAUCCAAGAGGCCUGCGAAGAGUUGGCCAUUUCGUGGGACGGAUGCGCCGGCCGCUCGGACCUGCUCGCCCUCUGCGAUCAUUUAGGCUUGGAGAUAAGUGCGGAUGUCCUCCGUGGCCUAAAUGGGGACUCGUGGAUCAAUGUUCAAGAAUUUGUUUCCAUGCUCUUGAAGCACAACAAGCCCGCCACCCCGUCGGCCUCCACUCCUUACCGCCAGCUGAAAAGACAACACUCCACUCAGCCCUUUGAUGAGGUGGGCCGUCGGAUCGCCAACCCCUCCGCCCUGAUGAGCGCCGUCGCCACGCGUCUGUUCUCCUCGCUGGACGACGGCACCGGCUUCACUCCGGUCGAGUCCGUCAUCCACGCCUGGAUGGAGGACGGCGUGGAAAACAGCAGCGAGAUCCUGCAGGCGUUAAAUUUCAACCUCGACGGCAAGCUGAGUCUGUGCGACCUGACCGUGGCGCUGGAAAACGAACUCCUGACCACCAAGAACGACAUCCACCAGGCGGCGCUGGCCACUUUCAAAGCGGAAAUCAGACAUCUCCUAGAGCGCGUCGACAGCGAGUUGAGUGAGAAGGAGAAAAUCCGCUCAGACCUGGAAAAGGCAGAACGGCUUAAAACCCAGCUGGCCGCCGAGGUGGACGAGCAUCACUUGUCAAUCGAGCGCACAAACAAUCUGAACCUCAGGAAGUUGGAGGAAGAGCACCAAGAGAAGCUGGCAGCAGUGCGCUCGGAGCUGAUGAAGGAGAUGGACCUGAUCCGCCAGCAGGCGGAGCAGCAGUGCCAGGAACUGGAGGCGGAGGUGGACAACAUCAAGGAGGACGAGACCUUCCUCAGGGAGCACCUCUCCAUCUCGGUCAAGGAAAACCGACGUCUGGAGAUGGACUUGCUGGACUGCAGUGAAAAACUGAUGACUGCCCAAAGCCAAGUGACCAAACUGCAGGCCGGUUUGGACAUUCUGAGAAAAGAGAAGUUUGGUGACCUGGACCCCAGCAGUGCGGACUUCCUUCUGCAGGAGGAGCGCAUCAAGCAGCUUCGGCUGGGCUACGAAGAGCAGUGCAGGGAAUUGCAGGAUCGCGUAGACGAGCUGCAGUCAGAGCUGCGGGACUUUCAGAGCUUGGGCCGACCUCAGCAGGCCUGCUCCCAGCCUCUCUCGGAGGAGCUGGAGAGCAAAAGCCCCGCCGUGGAGUCGGACCCGGGCCUCGGCUCAGAGGAAGUCCAUCCCUUCAUCAGUAUGAGCCUGGAGGCAGAGAUGAUGCUGGAACAGCAGAAGGAGCAGCACUUGCGCCAAAUGGAUGACUUGAGGAACCAGCUGGAGAGCAAAAUCAAUGAAUUCAAUGCUGUGGUUGCGCAACACGAGGACCAGAAGACUGCAUUGGCUCUCCAGCACCAGCAGGAGGUCCAGGCAUGGAGGGAGGAGCUGGCUGGUGUUGGCUCACAGGAGCAGGAGCUCCAGAGCCGACUCGAGGUGGCGCAGCUCGAGCGGACCCGUCUUGAGGAGGAGACGCAGGAGGAGGCGUCUUCGUUUCGGUGGCAGCUCCUCGAAGUGGAGAGUGUGGCCGCGGAACGGGAGGAGCAAGUGAGGAACCUGCAAGAGCGGAAUCAGGAUCUUCUUGCUGAGAUGGAGGAGCUACGCGACCAGCACGCCAGUGUGGUCAAGGAGAACACGGAGCAGUUAGAACUCAGACUGAAGGACCGGGAGAAGAAACAUCAGGAAGAGAAGGACGAGUUGGAGAAGAGGUGGAUGGAUUGUUUUGAAAAAGAGAAGGAACUACUGAGACAAAGCCAUCAGGAGGAGCUGACAGCCAGACUCGACGAGGCCAGGUCCGGUUUGGAGGAGGAACACGUCCAGACUGUGAAAAGCCUGACUGAGGAGUUGCAGGAGCAGCGAGCACGGCUGGACGAGCAGAACAACGAGUCCCUGCAGGCUCUGCUGGAGGAGGCCAUGUUGAGGUUGGUCAAGGAACAGGAGGAGAAGGAGAGCGAGAGAACGACUCAAUACGAGCAGCGGGAGGCCAAGCUCAAGCAGGAGUGGGAGCGGGAGAGGCUGCAGCUUGAGGAGGACUACGAGGACAUGCUCCAGGAGAGCCUGGACCAGGAACGGCAGAAGCACCAGGCGGAGAAGGAGGAGCUGGAAGGCCUGCUGGACCUGAAGGAAGAGGCCCUGCGAGAGAUGGCGGCUAAGCACGCCGAGGAGAGGAACGCGCUCGGCACAAUGCUGGAUAAGCUACGAGACGACAUCGCUCAGGAAAGGCAGCAGACGCAGGCGAGCUUCUCCGAGAAAAUCAAGCAAGCGGAGGAACGUGUCUCAGGUGAGCAAGAUUCGGCAGCUGCACGCUUUCAAGCCGACGUUUUGAACCUGGAACGGCACUUGGAGAGCCAGCUGAGGGAGCUGUCGGAGAGCCACGCCGAGCAGGAGCUCCUCUGGGACGAGCGCUUGAGCCAAGCGCGCCAAAGUGCAGAAGAAUGGCAGAAAAUGGCCCAAGAGGCAACAGAGAGACUUGAUGUUCUCCAGGAAAGUCUGCAGGCCAAUGAGGAUCUUCUCGCUCGCUCUGACAAGAAAGCCGAGGACGACCAAGUCCUGCUCACGCAAACGGUGGAAGAUUUCCGGCAGGAGAGAGAAGAAUUCCAAAACAGCUACGAGCAGCUUGAGAGGAAAUACCAAGACGUCCUUUCCAUUUCCCGUCAGCAGACCACAGAGAGGAUCUCGCUGCUCACCGAGCGGGACGAUUUGAAGCUGAGGAUUGAGGACAUGGAGAGGCUCCUCAAACAGGCUGCGGAAGACUUUGAGCUGGACAGGAAGGAGCUUCAGCGAGAGGUCGCUAUCCUGGAGGAGAAAGUGAAGGGAAGCCAAAGCCAAGAUCUGCAUUUAAGUGCUGGGUCGAUUCCUGAAAAUCCCUUCGGUGAGGAAGAUCUGGAAGUGAAGAGCGACCCAACCAAUGAGCCUGAUGAAGACGCCCCGCAGCUGAAGAUGGAAGCAAGUGAGGACCAAGAGGUGUCAUGGACUCGCAAGGCUAGCAAUGACCUGGAAAGCUCAAAUGUUGAAGAACCUGACGACAAGUCCGAAGAUCCUUACAUGACCUCUGACCUUGCGUCCCCCAAGAUUGAUGUUAACAAAAAGUGCCAAGAUCAAGACUCGUCACAAUCUGGAGCUUUGGAUAAGCACCGAGAAGAACGUGGACCUCAAGAUGUUGCUUCUUCUACCAUGGAAAGCCUCUCACAAAUGGAGACCACGGUUGGUUCCUUGGAUCCUUGUGAGCUAUCUGAAGGCGAUGCCACAAAUGAUCAUGAUUCAGAAUCCGACUGGGACGACUUCAAUGAGGAACAUACAAAUGUUAGUCCAGAACUUCUUGAUCAGGACAUUGAUGAUGAACUCCAGGAUUUUGAGCUGCAGUCUUCUGACCAUCAAAGCAAAGAGGAGAAUGUUCUCCUCCAGGAGAAAAUCUUCUUGCUCCAGCAGAAGACGGAGCUCCUCCAGAGUCUUUUGGAGCACAACAGCAAGAAGAUCCAAACAGGCUGCGAGUAUCUGGAGGAAAACUACAGCCUCAAAGUCAAAAUGUUCCUGCUGAUGGAGCACAUCAAAGUGCUGGAAAUCAAAACCUCCAAGCUGACAGAGCUUCAGGCUCGUCACGAAGAUUACACGUGGGAGAACGUCACGUUGAAGCGGCAAAACGCCGAGCUCAAAAAGAUGCUUCGGAGACUCCAAAGCCAGACGAGCGACGAGCGGAGUUCCCUCGCGGACGACGUCGGCAGGAUCCGACGGGAGAACCGCAAGCUCUCCGACUUAAUGGUGGAGUUUCAAGGGGACACCCGCAGCAGAAUUUCUGAAACUUCUCGCGACUUUGAGGUGAACACCAUCAAACUUCACCAAGCCCUUUCGGAGACCCAAGGCGAGAAUACAAGCAGAUGUGAGCUGGAGCAGAUCAAGCAGGAGAAGGUCGCCGCCGAACUUCUAGCAGAGAAUCUCAACAAAGAGAUGUCCGACCUUCGCUCGCAAAGCCAGCGACUCCAGGACGAGAACGGGAUGCUGGCGGACGAGAAGGCCCGCAGUCUGGCCGACGCCGACCAGCUCAAGCUGCAGUUGGCCAAGCUGACCAAAGACGACAAGCAGGAGGUGCUCACCGGCACAGAGAAGAAGGAGCUUGCAGCUUGCGUACGCGCUCUGGAGGCCGAGUUGACCAAAGCUGUGAAGGACACGGUCAGGCUGAAGAACAGGAACGGCGAGCUGGCCCAGCAGGUGUCUCACCUCGAGGAGAAGCUGAUGGAGGCCGACUCGAUGGAGAAUCAUCUCAGCCAACUGACGGAAGGGCGAAAGGAUGCGGCGAAGGAGACAAGAUGUCUUCGCAAACAAAUGGCGAAAUUCCAGGAGAGGGUGAAGAGCAUGGACGACAGCCUUCAGUCCCUGAGUCAUCAGAAGGCUUGCCUCCGCUCGGAUCUCCGCGUCAUGCAACAGGAGCGAGAUUCCCUCCGCCAGGAAGUUGGCGUGCUGCACAAGCAACUGCAGAACGCCGCCGAUAAGAACCAUAUCAUGGAGCUGGCCUUGCAUGAGGCGGGCGUCCAGAAUCCCAGCAGGAAGCUCCACAGAGACAACACGCUCCAGCCCAAGGAACAAGACGAGAAGGUCAGCAUCCUGUCCGUCAAGCAACAGCAGCACAGGCACAGCCAGACGAUGGUCCUCAAAGCCUUGGAGAAGGAGAACGCCUCCCUCAAGCAGGAGCUGGAUGCCCAAAAGCUGCUCAUCAAGGAGCUCGCUGCUAAGGAAGGACAUGCACAGCUGCAGGAGGAAAAUGAGGCGCUCAAGGCCGAGAUCGCUCGAAUCACUGAACAAUUCUUAAAGUCAUUCCAUGUUCACUUCUCCGGACUCCUGCCGACGUCGCCCCGCAGGACGACGAGUGUACAUUGUUCCGACAACGCACAGGACGACCAGAAGCCUCGGAUGGAGCGUAUGGAGUCACGAAUGAAAGAAAUUGAAGCAUCUCUGCGUAAUGUCAAGCUGCUUCUCAGGGAAAAAGUGGCUCAGCUCAAAGAACAGGUGCACAAAAACAGCAGAGCGGACGUGCUCAUCCGAGACUUGUACGUGGAGAACGGUCAGCUACUGAAGGCUUUGGAGGCUCUCGAGCGGCGACGCCGAACACCAGAGAAGACCAAGCGGCCGGCCGAGGACGACACCUUGGAGCUCCACACCAGAGUAUGCGGUCCGAACCCCCCGCCUCUCCUCUCGCCAUCUUACAACUUCAACCGUGUGUAAUUGCACCUCAUUUUAUUUUUCCUAAACAUCAGUAUUAUAUGCAGUAUUUUGUUAUUUUAUGUAUUUAUUUUAUACUGAGACACCGAAUGUAUUAUCGUACAUCUCCAUCUCCGCAAGGUGGUGGAAAAUCUGUAUUUUUUAAUUUUGAUAACCUGCCUCCACAAUUGUAUGUGUAUAAUUAUUGUGAAGGAAGAAGUGUUUGCCAAGACAAUUGAAAAUUUCAUUUUGUAUGACUUAGUUUAGUCUUUAUACUACUCAGUUGACAGUACAGUGCUCAACAAUGAAUCAUGUGUUUUACUAUGUCCUGUCCAUCAGAGCCAUUAUCUUCCCAUGCUGAUUCUCUGGAAAAAGAGAUGUGUAAUAAAAAGAUGGAGCACUUUAAACUGUAAUAGUACAGCUACCAAAGCAUCUAGUGUUUCAAGUAUUUUUCCCCAAGAGAUGAUAAAUCUAGUUUGAAAUAGAAG